AGCCCUCGCCCGUUAUAUAACGCGAACGGGAGUUGCACCACCGCACCACAACUACCCAGGCACACGCUACCGAGCUGGCCUGCUUCCACUCCGGCAGCACCAGCAACGGCUGACCAGGAGGAAGGAGUACUGGAGUAGUACGCGUGCGCGCGUGCGAGACAGCGAGAGCUAGAGUGCCUUCGCCGGCCGCCUUCACCCAGGCACCCAGCUAGCUAGCUAGGAGUGGCGGCGUCAGUUGUUGGGCGGCGGUGGUCAGCGCGCGGCCGGGCUUGGUGAUCAUCGAUCGGAAGAUGAGUAGGAACAACGGCAAGGUCGGGUCCAAGCUGCAGGAGCUGCGGCUGAGCCUGUCGUCGCGGUCGCGCGGGGGCGCGUCGUCGGGGGGCGGCGCGACCGGCGGCCAGGGCGGCGGGGCCUCGCCGAGGCGGCUGUCGUCGUCGUCGUCCUCGACCGCGUCCCCGCCGAGCUCGUGCGUGUCGUCGGAGGGAAGCCCCGAGGCCGCCGGCGCGCCGCCGAUGAUCCUGGCGGGGUGCCCCCGGUGCAUGAUGUACGUGAUGCUGUCGCGGGAGGACCCCCGGUGCCCCAAGUGCCACAGCACCGUGCUCCUCGACUUCAACGACGGCGCCAAGAGCAAGGGCAGGCGCGGCUGAUCUGACGCCGGCGCGCGCCACCGGAGCCAUGCGCUCGCCGUGGCCGGCCAGGUAGCGGCGGAGUGCUGCCGCGACCAUCAUCGUCAAUCUUAGUAGUACCAACUAUCAAGUUACAAGUUGUGAGUCCAUAUUCGAGUUCGAUGAGAAAAAAGGAAUUAUUGCGUAGACCCGUUCUUCCAUGGACCAGGCAUAGUAUAUGGGAGGUAUCCAAGCUCGCGUGUCGGACAUCGGGGGUGCCAAUGGAACGGGUCUAGGUAAUAAUUUCGUGUCCCUCUCUACAGUCCAGCCCUGUCCCUGUGCGUGUGUGUGUGUGAUCCCUGCUGUUGGUGGUGCAGAGGACGUGCGUGUCAAGUGUGUGCGUGUCGUACGUGGUGAAAGUGAGGCCUGUUUGUUUAGUUCAAGCGCAAUUUUUUUUGUUGGAAUCUUACUAAUUU